AUGCUGGUAGUGUAUUCUCGUCAAUCAGUUCCGUCAGUGCGCACCGUCAGCCCGCCCCCCGCACCGUCGGCCUGCCUCGCUCCAUGUCGAUGGGAGGCACCGGGGCUUCCAUAUUUGCCACCGCGCUCUCUUUCUUCCUCUCUAUCGCUCGUUCUCGCUCGCUCGCUCUCUCUUUCUCGUCGUCGUCCGUCGUCGCUCCUCUGCUGUUAUCGUCGUUGCUCGUCGGGCCGAUCAUCCACCCUCGUCGUCAGGCGCCCGCCCGCUCGCCCGCCCGCCAGCUCCCGCUGCUGCGACGGGCAACAACAACAACGACGUCGACGACGACGACUAUCGUUGCUUGCGCCCGCGGUGCCUUCCCGCGCUACUUCUCGCACCAGUGAGCAAGUGAACGUCAGGCCGCCGCUCGCCGCUCUUGCGCCAUCGCCCGCUGGCUCGAGGCGAGGGGUCGAUCGGGAGAUCGAUCCGUCCCGCAGCGAACUCGAACCACCAACAGCAGCGAAAGCAACGAAGACUCGGGUCGGGGGUUGUCCCUCGCCUGCUCGCGCGGGAGGUUGGUCGUUCGUUGGGUCGAAGGUUGGUCGGGGCUUUGACAAUUGGUGCGAUUUGGAGCCGAGUUGGGGACGAGGAGGAGGAGGAGGAGGCUGGGGAUGA